AUGAUAAAUUUUAUUUUUAAGGAUGUAUACGAUGCAAUUCCUACAGUUGUUACUACUUUUGUGGCUAUCAUUGCCAAAAUUUCUAUCUUUGUUUUCUUAUUAGAAUUAGUUCAUUAUACUAUAAUAGGAACUGUUGUAGGAUUAACACAAUCUAGGAUAAAAAGACUUUUUGCGUUUAGUACAAUAUCACACGUAGGAUUUAUAUUAUUAGGUUUAAGUAUACACACUGUAGAGUCAACACAAGCCUUUAUGUUCUAUUUAAUUCAAUAUUCUGUCUCGAACUUAAAUGCUUUUAUCUUAAUAUUAACAAUAGGAUACUCUCUAUAUUGUUAUGUAGAUAAUGCUAAAUCUACAAAGACUAUUGGAAAACAAGAAGAUACUAAUAAAAACAAUGAUAAUUUAAGUGAUGUUAAUAAUUCUCCUAUUCAGCUUAUUGAUCAAUUGAAAGGGUAUUAUUAUAUAAAUCCUAUAAUAGCCUUAAGUUUAGGUAUAACUUUAUUCUCUUUUGCAGGAAUACCACCUUUAAUAGGGUUCUUUGGUAAACAGAUGAUUUUAAGUGCAGCUAUUGAUAAUGGGUACAUAUUUAUGGCUUUAGUUGCUAUAUUAACAAGUGUUAUAAGUGCUGUAUACUAUUUAGCUAUAAUAAAACAAAUCUUUUUUGAUAGACCAGAUUAUAUUAUAAACGAGGAACUAAAGGAUUUUAAUGCAGAUGGUUUAAUAACUGAAAAAAAUUCUAUUGUUAAAAAAGUUAAUAUUAAAAUAAACAACAUUGUUAUAUCAACCUCGUUAAGUUUAUCUAUUUCAGUUAUUACAUUAGUAAUAACAUUAUUUAUUUUUAUACCUGAAGAAUUAUUAAGUUUAACUAAUAUAUUAGCAUUAAUACUUUUUAAUUUAUAA